AUGGCUCCCAACCCAUUCUUGGACUUAGAAGCGAAUGUCGAUCACGGAGAUUCAGAGGAUGGUUCAGCCGAAUCUGACGAAUUUGAAUGCUUCAUCGACGACGGAACUCAAUCCCAUGAAGAUUGUGACGGUUCAUCAUCUGUGGCAAUGGACAAACCCAUUCCUGUUACAAAGAGAGACCGACUGGCCCUCGUAAUUCAACAAAUUGAAGAGAGAACACGUGGUAGAUCUCACUCACUGCCCGCCUCUGAUAUGUACCGGGGUGUGGAACCAUUGUAUUCAAACGCUGACAAUCCUACUGUUUUGUCACCGCACGGAAACACUGAUUCGGGCUUCGAAAAUCUGCCCACGGACUAUCCUACAUGGAGGAUUGGAUGUAAAGUCGGAUACGAAGAAAUCGCGGUCGCUUCUUUACUCAAAAACUCGCGCCGAGAACAUCAUAUUCGGUCCGCGUUUUCACGCAGUUCUGUACAUGGAUACAUAUACUUGGAAUGUUUGAUGGAUCAGCCUAUGAUUGACCUUAUCAAAAGAUCGCCCGGCAUCAUCGUAAAAACUACGGACGUGCUCCUGAGUCCGAUCGAUAAGAAUGAGGCUCAGCAACUGUUGUACAUGGGAGGGGACAUUACGAACCUAUCGGUCGGAAAAUGGCUCAAGGUUAAACGAGGUGUAUACAAAGGCGAUGUAGGCUUUGUCGUUUCGAAAGGAUCGUGGGGGGUGUCAAUGCUUAUGAUCCCCCGUUACGAGUACGUGUCCACCAAAACGAAGUCAUCUCGUAAACGGAAGACAUACACUGCGGUGCCCGCGCCUAAGCUAUUCGAUCCGACAGGCCUUCGUAACUCUCAUUUAUACAUAGAAUCAGGCAGAGCAUCUGUCUAUCGCGUAGGUGAUCUGAUCUUUGAGCAUGGUUUGGCCCGGGUGGACUACGAUCCCAGACACGUUGCCUCAUGUCGUGAAGGUCUGAGUUACGUGACGUAUACAUCAUUUUGUAUGAGUGGGCAUCCCGCACUCCAUCACGCGCCGAUACCAAAGCCAAAGGAAUGGAUCAUGCGAACCAUGGAAUGGGUGGUAAUGAGAUCUACAGGUUGGCUCGGAGUCAUUGCGCAAGCCGACGACGAUAAUAUGGUCGAUGUCGAUAUAUACAACAAAGGCUGCGACCAUGACGAAACUGGUCAACAUUACAACGAAACUGAAAUCCACAGAGUUGAUACAACUACGACCCAGCUGUUGACAACAAUACGCACCGUAUGGAGUGACAUCUUAAAACAUUUCGAAAUAGGGGAUUACGUAGGGGUUGACGCUGGCGUUAAUGCUGGACGAUCGGGUUGGGUCGUGGACAUCAAGGGAGAUGAAAUACAACUAAUCGAUAAGCAAGGCACUACAAAAGACCAGCAAAUCAAUACAGCCGACUCGAUGUUGGAGGCAAAGCCGACUCGAUAUGAUCCGUCGAAUCCCUUCAAGAAAAUUGUUUUGAACAGAGACGACGUACUGGAAUACAGUACCUUUGAGCCUCUAAGCCUGUCGAAGACGUAUGAUUCGAACGCUGUCCACCAGUCUCGUAACUUCGCCAACCCAUCGAUCAUAAUAACCACAGGAACUGAAAGCGCUGACAGUGGCAGACAUACACCAUUGCCUGAUACUAUUGAGGACACCUCGCCUGCGUGGGAUCCAUCUGACCAUUCAGAAGAUUUAACAAGCAUUAGCAUAGGAACCGUCGUCGUAAAUUCAAGCGACGGUACCAACGUUGCAUCUUUAACCACUCCUUGUAAUCUUUUGUUGAAACGAGAGCUGAUUGGAGUUCCUUUGACGGUGGAAGAGGCAACCGUCGAUGGACACGUUUCUCCGUUGUUUGUAAUCGUUCAGGAGGACGUGGAUGGGCAGCUGUGCAUGAUGCGAUUUACACCCAAUUCGAAGCGGACGUUACGGAUUGAAUCGACCCAUAUAAAGCCCAAACAUCCUACCAUCAAGCACGACUUUGGGUUAUUAGCCAUCAUUGAAGGAGAACACGCGGGUAAAUGCGUCAGACGUGUGCAUUCUAGGAAGGAUACCAAUGGCGUGGUAUUGGUGGUCAAACAAGUACUGCCCACUGAUCGAGGAGCUGAUCAAAUAGUGGAUGGCGAGCUAUUGACGCCAACCGAAAAUUGUUGUGUGGCCUAUGAAACUCAAAAGAGAAAGAAUGCUAAUCGGAAUCAGAUGAGACACGAACACGAUAUUUACAUUAGUACUCAUUUGCCAUAA